GGGAAGCAACAGAACCCAUCUCCCUUCUCUCUCCCCUGUCCUAUUUGUUGGUUCCACCCCGCUGUCGGUUCCAUUCUAGGGUUUGGUUUCGGCGUUUGCUAUCGGUUGCUUUGGUGUCCGGCCGAGAGCCGUUUCAGCUCCUUCUUCCGCUUCUUCAGCUUGUUGUUAUGGCUCCGUCUCUGGAGAUACCAAUCAUCUAUUCGGACUUGCAACUUUCAUGGCCACCUCUCAAUGAAAGGAUUCUUUCAUCCAUGUGCAGAAGGUCUGUUGCAGCACAUCCUUGGCAUGAUCUUGACAUAGGUCCUGAAGCUCCUAUGAUAUUUAACUGUGUGGUAGAAAUAGGAAGGGGGAGCAAAGUGAAAUAUGAACUUGACAAGAGAACUGGGCUGAUAAAGGUAUUCUUGGUAUUUUACUCUGUUGCUUGCUUUCUGUUUUCUGCUGUGAAUAUCAUAUUUGUUUCUUCUGUACAAGGAGAUCGUGUGCUUCACUCAUCAGUGGUGUACCCUCGUAAUUAUGGCUUCAUCCCACACACCCUUUGUGAAGAUAGUGAUCCAAUUGAUGUUUUAGUUAUCAUGCAGUUAUGUGGCACUUCAGAACCAGUAAUUCCAGGAUGUUUUAUUCGAGCUAAAGCCAUAGGUCUGAUGCCUAUGAUUGAUCAGGUCUGGCUUGGUUAGACAAGUUGGAGAACUGAUUUUGUAAAUCGAAGCAUUAGUGAUUCACAUAUUGUUAUAUAACGCUUCUAAUGAUUGCUUAACUUUGGUAAAAGCCAUGUUGAUGCAAUUUAUGAUGUUGGAAACGGGGAGAAAGAUGACAAGAUAAUUGCUGUUUGUGCGGAUGACCCUGAAUACAACCAUUACAAUGAUAUCAACAAGCUACCAUGUCAUCGUUUAGCUGAAAUCAGGCGUUUCUUUGAAGAUUGUAUCCUUGUAUAUCUACUAACACAGACUAAACAUGACCAACUUUUUUGCAGUUUAUGUAAAUAAGCAGACAAAUACUGUCAAUUGAAUCACUGGACUUAUGUUUCUAGAACACUGGUGUGUGUUGCUAAAGAGACUCGAAUUCUGAUGUCUCUCACAAAAUUCUGUGCCAUUAGAGGUUUUGCUUCAUCAAAGCCUGUCCUCGAACAAGAUAUUCAGAUAAGAAAAAGGAGAACAAGGAAGUUGCUGUGAAUGACAUCCUGCCUGCAUCUUCAGCUUAUAAAGAAAGCCAUACAACACUCCAUGGACCCUUAUGGCACUUGCAUUGUCGAAUACUUGAGGAAGUAGGAGGCAUCUUGACAAAUGGAGCUGAAAGUAAUUGGUCAUUUCCACAUAGUGAUUUUAUAUACGGCAGCUAUCAUUUAGUAAUAGUUACAUAUGAUACGCAAAAGUGACUGCUCAUAUUCUGCAUCGCAUGGUUGUGGUAACAUUUAGUACAAAAUUUUGUGGAGCUAAAUAGAAAUCUGAAGUGCAUAUAUCAAAUAGGCAUUUCACAAUUUUGGAUGUGCUAGUUUUACCAGCAAAUAUGAACAACACAUGGAUGUUCUAUGAACAUGACUUAUCAUUUGGAGAUUUAUUAUACAUACCAACUUCUUCCAUUGGAAUCAAUAUUCCUAAUUCAAUUGUAAGAAAAGGAUACUUGUCAUAUGUAAUAUCUCACUUUUCUUCAACAUCAUUACACUGUUCUAGUAAUUUAUA